GCACAGCUGAGCAAACAGCGAGCGCAGCAGCGUUGCCAAGCAGCAAUGGCCGCCCACAUCGACGCCGCCGCCGCGCUGGUCCAGCAAUUCACCUCUGCCGGCUGUAUAAUAGCUGAUCCCCAAGCCGCCGCAGCCAAGCUCGGCGCAUUGAUACAAGGCGGCCCGUCGAACCUGACGGUGAUAGCCGACUUCGACCGCACCUUAACGGGCGCCAAGUCCGCGAGCGCCCACCAGGUCGUCGCCGGCGUGUUGUCGGAGCCGUUCCGCGACGUCGAGCGCCGUCUUUUUGCGCACUACUAUCCCAUCGAGCAAAACUUGAACAUGCCUCUAUCCGAGAAAAUACCAUUGAUGGAAGAAUGGUACCGGGCCAAUCACUUAACGAUGGUCCAGGAGUACGUGUCGCGGGACAUGAUCGCCGACGGCGUCAGAAAAGCUAGAGAUUCCGGUGCUUUCUUCGCUCGGGAUGGGGCUGCUGACUUAUUAGCGUUACUAAGGCAACGAGAGGUCGCUACGCAAAUAUUAUCAGCGGGGCUGAAGGACGUCGUGGAGGAAGCUUUGAUAGAAUUAUUUAAUCUACCAAAAUGGGAAAGUCCGACCGAUGUCAACACGGGCGAGCCCACUUCCAGGGACCCGAUCCGGGUCAUCUCGAACGGCAUGAAGUUCCACCCGAAGGCCGGCUGGCUGGAGGGCUUCACGGAGCCGCUGAUCCACAUGUACAACAAGUCGCAGUCUGUGGUGGAUGAGGGCAAGGGCGUCCUCGUGAACGCUCUUGUGAUCGGCGACGGUCUCGGUGACGCGAAUAUGAGUGAAGGCGGCGCUUCUCUCGAUUGUGCGUUGAAAAUCGGGUACUUGAACGACCCUUCCGAUGACGGCAAGGCGAAGUACGCGGCGGCCUUCGACAUUGUUGUCGACGGAACACAGGGCCUCGCCCCGGUGAGAGCAAUAGUAGACCGAGUAAUUAGUCGAUAG